AUGGAAAAACCAGAACAGGCGGAAGACACGUGCGGGUACUGAACUUUGCUGUUAUGUCUGUUUUUAGACGGCAAUAAAUAAGUUAAAUAAAAAAACCAUGGCUGCGUUAUACUCAGGUAUCCACCUGAAGCUGAAGAGUCCACAGACUCCGUGGGAGGACAGGCUGAAGCUGGCCCGGUUUGCGUGGACCUCCUCCCAGUGUCUGCUGCCCAACAAAGAGCAGGUUUUGUUGGACUGGUGCACCCACGCCCUGACAAUCUGGCACAGUAAGAAGGUGGAGCUCUCCCAGGACGUCCUGGACGGCUUGUGGUGCUACCUGGACGAAGUAGUUCACAGCAGGAAGCUACAUUCCUUCAUCAAGGAGGGGAAGACAGUAACUCUGAGGCUCAACAUGGCGCAGCUUCUGCUCGACCUCCUGCAGGACUGCACACAUGGCCGCCCGCCCGUGUCUCUGCCCACCGUACUGAGCGUGUGUCGGGGGAUUCUGUCCUCUUCUGCCCUCUCAUCUGUAUUUACCACAAAGUAUGAGCUGAUGGUCAGCCUGCUGGCCAGGUCCUGCAUGUUGGCCUGCCAUGAGAUUCAGACGCAGUCGCCCACAGAACAACAGAAAGAUGCUGAAACUGAGCAUCUACAGGUGGAGCCUGACACCAAUCUGAUGAUCUCUGAUGAGUCUAAGAAAGACAAACCCUCUUCUAAUCUGUUUGAAGUCUUGCUUCAGGUGCUGGUUUGUUAUUUAUCAGUGCAGCAACAACAAGCCAACUUGAACAGAGUCUUCACUCUGGUCACCAACCAGCUGGUCCAACCUUUAGUUUUGCUCAGGUUCUUGCUGACUUCUCAGGAUUUUGCUCCUUACACACACCUUCAUGUCCGGCAGCAGCUGCGCAAAGAUAUCCGCCUCAAGAUUGACUCCAUCCUCCAGUUGGCUCUGUUCCCCUCCGAGCAAAUGGCGUCCUACAAGGCAGAGCUCCUUCCGGCCAAAGAGGAUUCUGGGAAACGUGGUUCAGGUUGGACGAAGGGCCCUCCUAAGCCUGUCGGCGCUUUGCUUUCCCACCUGGACGCUCAGGAUUACUGCGAGCCGACUCUGCGCUACUCAGUGAAGUCCGACGCCUCGUCUCUGAUGUUCAGGUUCUUUCUGGAAAGCUACGGGAAGGGAAAAGGAGAAAGCGACGAGGAGCGGAGGAUGUUGUGUUUCUACUUUUUAGCGAGGCUGGUCCCAAUGUUAGAUCUUCAGCUUCAUGGAGGCUCCGCUGAGCAGAAAUGUCCUCCAGGUUCCCCACAAAGCUGGAGCCGGGCCCUGCAGGCUGCCGAGUCGCUGCUGAGCCAGGCGCUGGCUGCAGACAUCUACAACAUAGCUGCAGACAGGAUACGGCACGGGGAAGUCCAGUUCAGGUUCUACAGAACCGUGGCCCAAACACUCCUGAACGAAGCUAAGCCGAGCGUACCGUCAUGGUACCGGUGUCUAAAGGUGCUGCUGAAUCUCAACCAUCUGAUUCUGGAGCCUGACUUGGAGCGUCUGCUGUCCUCAGCCUGGGUGAACGCCGAGAACAUGGAGGCACAAGUUCAACGCGCCAGACAGCUGAUGGUGAGCGCUCUCCUCCAGACCUACGCUAAGCUGCGCCAGCUGCCUCAUCUCUUCUCUUCGCUGCUCUCUGUGAUCUGCCAGCCGGCUCCGGACCAGCGCCGCCAUCCUCUGCUCUCCGAAGGCGUAUCUGCUUCUCUCAGGUCUUGUCUUCUGGACUCGUCGCCUUCUCAGGUGCUGGAGAUUUGCUCGUUAGUGUUACAGAACGUCAGGACCCAUUUACUGCCCGACUUGGUCAAUGAGGAGUUAGCCGAAGAGGAAUGGGAGAUAGACGGACACCAGAAGAAAGAAGCUGCGUCUCUGAAGCUGUGCUGCCUCUGUCAGCUGCUUCAUGUCGUUUUGUUCAACCUGCAGACUCUCGAUAACUCGUCUCCGCUUCUUCUCGUCAGGCAGAGCAAAGCCUUCAUGAAGGAGAUGCAGGAGAUGAUGAAAGAUCUGCUAAAUAUGUCUAUAAAAUCCGCUCCAAAAAAGCAUAAAAGGAAAGCCCUAAAAUGGGAACAGAAGACCCAGGAGGCCAUUCUUCUGCUCAGAUACACCUGGGUGGAAGUGGACGCUCUCUUCCGCAUCCACUGCAGCAAAUACACGUCAGUGGAUUCGUUCCUGACUGCCGAGGACGGGACUGAAGCGUCUCCGCUGCUAACCCACCUGGAGGCACUGAUAUCAGGUGCGAUCCUACCGACUCGUCUCCGUCCGACUCCGUCCUGCAGCCCCGCGAGCUGCUUGCUGCUCAAACUCCUCACCCUGCAGCAGAUGAAGAAGGUUUUACUGGACAAAGCCUUACUGAGUGAAAGCAGCACCACCGCCCUGCUAAAGAUGGCGGUCCGGUUUAUCGUAGCCAAGUCAGAGUUUGAGGAGGAACCUACAGAAGAUGAUGUGUGGGACGGUCAGAUAGGCGGUGUGAACGUCACCACUUACCCUGCUGCUCACUGGUUUGUUGUUGUGUCAAAUUUACCUCUGAUUGUUCUCCACAUGAGCGAGGAAGACGUCAGAGACGUAGCGAACGUGUUGGUGGCCUCAUUGAUGCACAGAGACGUGGAAGGGUCCGGAGAUCAGCUUCCUGGAAGUCUGAGUUUCUCCUCCGUUUCCUCUCAGCUCGCGCUGAGCAAAGUUUUCCCAGAGCUGCCAUCGGUCUUCUCUGCUACAGUUCGCUCCAUCGUCCGGAAGAUCAUUGGUGUUCUCAGAGGGGGACUUACACCCAAACGUAAACCUUCAUUUGUGAUGGCUUAUGAGAAAGAAACCGGGUCGGUUCCUUCUGGAUCAGAGCCUGUGUUCUCGCCGCUGGUCGCCGAGGCCGUAGUUCAGGAUAUUUCUGCGUCUUUUAAAGCUGGAGAGGUUUUUGUUCUGCUGACAGACACGCAAACCAAGGAGCUCCUCGACUUGAUCCAGAUCUUAUUGAACCUCAACCCAGACGGGAUGAACUCUGAGGAUCUCUCCUCCGUCUUCCUCCUCCUCUUCUUCACGUUUACCUCCACCUCCUUGCAUCCAGAGCCUCCUGACUCUGGAGGAGACACUCUGUUCUUCGGGAAGCUGCUCCGAACUCUGACUCGCCUGCUGGAGGGAACUAGCUUUCCAAGUGUCCUGAAGCUCGUCCACGGCGGGACUCUUCUGCAGACCGCUCUGGGUUCUCUCCUGCGGCGCUGCAGAAAACCUGCAGUCACAAUCACCUCUGAUUGGCUGGAUUUAGUCAGUGCGGUGCAAGGCUUCAUAAAAUUAUUAGUUCAGCUGAUUAUAACCAGAAAUAGCAGCGUUAGACUCAACCUGGACCAGUUUGCUUCCUACUUGACCAGUAAGGAAGUCUUAAACGAGCAGCCCAGUUCUGGAGCGUCCAUGUUUGUCCAUCUUCUCCUGGCUUCUCUGACUUCCUUCUCCCAAGCAAUGAUGUCUAAUUUGGGAAGAAACAAAGCAAUAGAUCAGACUUUAACAGAAAUACUCACUAGGAUCACUUCUUUGCUGGGACCAACUGUGGAGUCUGCUCUGAAGCCCCAAGGUGUCUUUUCCGAGGCAGCAGCCCAGCCAGCCAGCGCCGUCGGUCAAGCCUUUGUUGUUGAAGUUGUGACGGUGAUGCUGCGGAGUGAAGUGGCAUCACUGGAGAACAACAGUCCGCUGACACACGGUAACCUUUAUCAGGCCAUCUGCCAGCAGAUCCUGAGAGAAAUGAGCUCGGCUUCGAGGCCCAUGGACUUCCUGGUCUGCUCGCUGCGUUUCCUGUCAGCGUUUUAUAAAGCAAUGGAGAAGAUGAGCGAGCAAGGAGAGAAGAUGGAGGAGCUCUACGUUCAGAUCAUCCAGAAUGUGAACCACCUCCUGAAAGCUCCGUGGCUGUCGUCCACUGAUGCUGGUAAGCUGCAGCCAGAAGUGCAGGACCUGUUGCGCCACCUGGUGGAGAAAAACACCAUCAGUCAGUUCAACAUGCUUCUGCUGAUGAUCAGAGAAGGCCUGGAUGUUCACAAGCUGAGGGCAGGAAACUGGAGGGAGGUGCUGUCAGCAGUGAUCACCGUUGAGCUGCUGUCCAGCUGUCAGCUGCCGGAGACCUGCUCCAAAGUGCUGUGGCUCUUUGCGCCGCAGAUCAUUUCUGCAAUGGUGUUCUUGGUGAGAUCGGCCAGCCAGGACCUCGCUCUGACCCGUCCUUUCACCGUUCCUACGGUGACGGCGCUGACGUCACUGUUGCGCCAAGGCGAGGGACGCAUUGCCAACCCUCAACAUGUGACUGUGGUUCUUGGAGCGCUGCAGUCACUGCCUCUCGACCACCUGAACCCAAACGUUUACCACGCUGCGUUCCUGGCCGUCCACGAGGCGCUGUUCACCAUCAUCAAAUGUCAUCCCCAGGUGAUUUCCAGGGCCGCUCCAUCCUUCCUGAAUGUCUUCUAUCGGCUGGUGUCGUCGAUCAUGCAGGAAGGUCGGCAGAGAGGAGACACCGAUGCAGGCGCGGACGGUGACGUGUAUCUGCAGUGCUCCAGGCUGACGGAGAGGAUGUUCUCUCACAUUGCUGCCACACCUGAAAGCUUCACUGCAUUGCCAGCCUUCAUGGUGGCUCAGUACGUCACGGAGCUGCAGAAGGUCACCCUGCGGCCGGACGUGAAGCUCCACCUGAGUGAGGGCGUCUACUGCGUCCUGGACCUGUGCCUGGAGACGGACAUCAAGUUCCUGAGAGCCGGGCUGAACGCCGGCGUCAGAGAGGUGUUCAACGAGCUUUACAGCAACUACACCCACUACCACAAAACACAGAGGCAAGGAGAGGACAAGUACACCGUCUGAUGCAGAACAACCGGACCCAACCUGAUCAUGAUCAGCGAAGGCUUUAGUAGAGCUGAAAAUCAACUGCUUAAGUUUUCUUUCCCAUCACGAGUUUUAUAAAUCUGUGUUUGUAAGGUUUUAUAUUCAAUGCAAAUAUAAAUUUAUGAAAACAUUUCUGAGAUGUUUUGCUUUCUGCACCGUAAAGCUUCUUCUGUUUGUGAUUUUUUUUGUUUGAUCAAACUCAAAACUCUCAGAUCAUCAAACAAAUGUUAAUAUUAGAUGAGAAUAAUCUUAACUAUAAAAUUCAAUUUUCAGGUGACCAAAUAAUUUAUACAGAGAAAUAAUUUAAAUUUAAACCUAAUUGGUUUUGACACCUUGGCUGUGUUUGAUAUUCGCAUCACUUUUGACUUUUUUUGCAGAAUUAUUUUAAUUUAUCCACUGUGGAAGGUUUUCAAUCAUUAGUUACCUGACAAGGUAAACAUCUCAAUCAGAUUUAAGUUUGGACUUUGACUAGGCCAGUCCAAAGCCUUUUCUAAAGCCAUUCAGAUGUGAGCUUGCUGGUGUGCUUCGCUUCCCUUUUCUCUUGAAUAACUGAAAUAUUUCUGAAGUCAUAAACUGAUGGCAGAACAACUUCAGUCUUGUGAAGGUUUAUGUGUUAAUUUUAAAAUAAUUUGUCCUACUUCAUGUUCUCGGACAGGUUCUGGUCAACUGACUUCUUGAAUCGGACAGUAAUUUGUUUACAAAAAGAUUUAAACAUACUUAUUGAUUUAACUUUUAAGUACUUUUAAGUAAAAUUAUCUGAACAUUUCUUUACUUUCUGGCAGCGCUGUUUAAUAAUAUUAUCUUAAAUUAUGUAAAGAUUACUGUAUUUUUAUUUAGGAGGACUAAGGUUUUUUCUUAGGUUUGCAAAUGAAUUACUGAAGUAAUAAAUUAUUCUUUAGAGACUCAAAUGACAGAAAUAAUUAAAUUGGAGACACGGUGAUGUUGCUGUUUAAUAAGAAACUUAAUUUACUAAAUGUAUAAAAUUUCAGGGAUUUCAGACUUUUUAAGUUUGUCUUUGUACUGCUACUGAGACUCUUAUCACAGGAGGUUUUAUACACUUUGAAUCAAUCAUUGCACAUCAUGAUUUAAAUUAACAGUCGUUUCAUUAUCACAAAUCAUUUUCAGCAUCUGCAGUUUCUGAUUUAUUUAUUUUCUGGAAAAGGAGUCCAUGUUUUUUUUUUCUGACUAUGGUAACCCAGCAGCAGACUGACGCUUUCAGAGGGAGUUCUUGUUUGAAUGCUGCCCUUGAUGAGCUUCUUCUAAUUUGAUUUACUGUUCAAAGUACUGGGUUCACAAUGAGGCCUUUCAAAAUAAAACAAAAUAACUAAGAUUCAAAAAGGUUUUCAAAUCCAAACUCUGUUAGUUGGGUGUUACGACUGGCUCAAGGUCAUAACAAAACGGGAGGCCUUGCAGUGGUUAAAGCGCAGAAAAAGGAAUAUUUAUUAACAAAAACUACAAUGGAUUGUGGAAGUCAAGAUCAGUGGUGUAAAGCAAAUGCUUGGAUGCGUCACUGUAUGAGUGCAUAUGGAAGUGUUGAAGUGCAAAAACAAAGACAAACUCCAAUGUGGAAAAGGAGGGGAGCUGAGACCUGGCAGAGUGGACAACGAGACGGCUGGGUUUAAACACUGCGCUCCAAAUCAUCGGACCAGCAACACUUGCAAAGGGGAGGAGCACAAAGACAGACAAAAGCACCUGCAACCCAGCCCACAAGACCCAGGGCCGUAACAGUAGGACUCUUUAAUCAGACCAAAAUAAUUUAGCCAUUUCAAAAAUACUUGAUUUCUCCGAAAGGAUCUCCUGUAGCAGUCAGUCUAGCAACAAUCUGAAGAGAUCCUCUGACUGAAGACUGUCAUUAGCAACUAGCAGCUCAGUUUUCAAGCAGCAGGGACGACAUCCACGUUCUGGAUGACACCAUCAGUUGUUGGCAAGCACUGCUGAUCCACCUCAUUUGUUUUGGCCACUCCUCUUUAAGAUGAGUAUGAAUGAUGGGAGAUAUAAUAUGAACUUCCUCUUUCUCCACUAUUUGGUCCUGCUUUGCAUCCAUGAAGCCUCUCAAAUAUAUUACCUUCUUUGUGUGUGUGUUUUUUUUCUUAAGGAACAAGGGUUUUAUUCUGUAAAUGUCAGUGUUUUAUAUGUAGCAUAGAAUAAUCCAGUUUAAAUUAGAUUUUGAACCAGAGCUGAUCAAACUCAGUAAAGACUAAAAUAAAAGAAAUCUUGAAUAUGAUGCUUGCUCAGUUAGCUAACAGGUUAGUGUUUACACUCUGCAGAAUAAAGAGGUAAAUCAGCUUCCUGUUGACUGUAAUCUGUAAUUAGGAAUAGAAAAGCAAGUUAUCAUGCAAACCCCCAAGACAAUAGCGCCCUGGGUAGUGAGCCAUAUAAAAAUAAAAAAAAACCUCUGGAGGCAAUAUAUUGAAGUUACCAUACCAAACAUGUCUUUACAUCACACAGUAAUAUUUCUGUUAAAUUGGUUUUUAUCUGAAUUGUGCUUAUUUUGUGAUUUGACCUUUAGAGUUGGAUAUAAUAAAAGUAACAGACUCAUG